AACUAGCAGAACUUCAGCAGAUUGCAUUUAAUCCACAAAUAGUAUAUUUUAAGGAUGAAUUCAGCUCUCUGCCAGCUUUACCACAGGAAAUGAUUAGUCCGCUAACAACAUAUGUUAGUGGAGAUGUGGAAGAAGUUCCGAGCACAUCAACAGAAAACAAGAUUGAUAUUUUAUUUUUGAUUGAUGGCUCAUCGAACGUGGCUGGCCAGUUUCCUACUAUUCGAGAGUUUCUGCUCCAAAUUAUUUCUGAUCUGAAUGUGGGGCCAGAUACUAUACGAGUAGCUGUAGCACAAUUUAGUGACAAUGUAAACGUGGAGUUCAACUUUGACACCCCAUCCAAGAUAGAAAUCCUUCAGAAAGUGAGAAAGAUGAGGAUGAAAGGAGGAAAGCUACUGAACAUUGGAGCUGCACUAGAUUAUGCUGUAAAAAACAUCUUUGUAAGACAUGCUGGGAGCAGGAUUGAAGAAGGCGUGCCACAAUUCCUGGUUCUUCUUGUGGCUGGGACAUCAGAUGACACUGUGGAUGAAAGUGCUGAUACCGUGAUACGAACUGGUGUGAUUACUUUUGUUAUCCAAACCAAGACCUCUGAUCCAGCUGAAUUAGAAAGGAUAGUUUAUGCCCCUCAGUUCAUUCUAAAGGUUGAUACCCUUUCUCAAAUUGGAGACAUACAACACGAAAUAGUCAAUCUACUGAAAACCAUAGAACUUAAACCUCAAGCUACAAAGAAAGACGUUGUUUUCCUUAUUGAUGGCUCUCAGUUUGCAAUUUCUGAGUUCCCUUCAAUUCGUGAAUUUAUCGAACGGCUCAUAAACAACAUGAAUGUGGGUUCAGAUGCUACUCGAGUAGCUGUAAUUCAAUUCAGUGAUAGUCCCAAAGUUGAAUUUUUGCUGAAUGCACAUUCUACUAAGGAGGAGGUGCUAGCUGCAGUGAGAAGACUAAGUCCCAAAGGUGGGAGGCAAGUGAAUCUUGGUUCUGCCUUAGAAUAUGUGUCAAAGAAUAUCUUUACAAGGCCUUCUGGGAGCCGCAUAGAGGAAGGAGCACCUCAGUUUUUAAUCCUUCUUUACUCUCACCAACCUCAUGAUGAUACAGAGAACCCGGUACACCUGAUCAAACAGAUUGGUGUGGCUCCGCUUCCUAUUGGAAAGAAUGUGGAUCCUGAGGAAAUGACCAAAAUAGCACUUAGUUCUGAUUAUGUGUUUCAAGUGUCAAGUUACCAAGAUCUACCUACUUUGGAACAGAAAAUGUUAACCCCUCUUACAACAUUAACUACCCAACAGAUACGAAAAAUCAUUGCUGAUACAAGUCGCCCUACAGACAUUGACAGUGAAGCCAUGGACAUCGUCUUCCUUGUUGAUAGCUCUGAUGAUGUCAGACCAGAUGGACUUGCUCAUAUUCGUGAUUUCAUUUACCGGAUUGUCCAGAAGCUAGAUAUCCAACCAAGCAAAGUGAGAAUUGCUGUUGUCCAGUUUAGCAAUGAAGUGUUUCCUGAGUUCGACUUAAAAACCUACCGGACCAAAGAGAGUGUACUACAAAGCAUACGGCGCUUAAGGCACAAAGGUGGUUCUCCCCUGAAUGUUGGGAAAGCUCUGGACCAUGUCAUGAAGACACUCUUCAUCAGAUCGGCAGGAAGUAGGCGAGAAGAUGGAAUCCCCCAGCAUUUAAUCCUCUUGCUUGGAGGGAGAUCCCAGGAUGAUAUCAGCAGGCCUACUAUUCUGGUGCAGAACUCUGGGAUUCGUACUCUGGGAAUUGGAACAAGACAAGUAGACAGUGCGGAAUUGCAAAGGAUCACCAACAAUCCCCAAACUGCAAUUAUUGUGAGAGAUUUCACUGAGCUCCCAGCAAUAGAAAAACGGGUCCGUGCAGCAAUUGAUACAGUACAACCACCAACUGAACAACCUACUGAAGUUAUCAGUGUUGAUAAAAAACAAGGUGAUAUUGUCUUCUUGCUGGAUAGCUCUAUCAAUUUUGGGAGAGACAAUUUCCACCAUGUUGUUGAAUUUAUACAUGACUUAAUCGAUGCUAUUUAUGAUGAAGGCGAUUCCAUUCAAGUUGGUUUAGUGCAAUACAACUCUGAUGUGAGUGAUGAAUUCUUUCUGAAGGAUUUCUCUGACAAGGAACGUAUCUUAGAAGCAGUGAAAAGGAUAACCUACAAAGGAGGCAGAAUUGCCAACACAGGAGCAGGUGUCAAGCAUAUCCAAGCAAAACAUUUUGUGAAGGAGGCUGGCAGCAGGAAAGACCAGAAUGUCCCUCAGAUUGCUGUCAUUGUAACAGCAGGCAAGUCAGAAGAUGAUGGGGAGGCAGCAGUCUUAGGGCUGUCCCAGUCGGGUGUCAGGGUCUUCGCAGUUGGUGUGAGAAACAUUGAUAUGAAUGAAAUUACGAAGCUCUCCAGUGACAGCACAACAGCCUUUAGGGCUCCAACUCCCCAGGUCCUCUCAGAGCUCAAUGAGGCUGUUCUGGUGACCCUGAAUGAUGUCAUGAGAGAACAGUUAUGUCGUGGUGUGGUGGAAGUCUCCAGAGAUUGCAAUCUGGAUGUUAUACUUGGAUUUGAUGUUUCAAAUACUAUACAAGGGCAAAACAUAUUCCGUGAACAAACAAUGCUGGAAUCAACAGUUGAAGAUAUUCUGAACAGGAUCAGUCAAAUGCCGAAAAUCAGCUGCACUCCCAACCAAGCACCCACAGUGCGUGUAGCACUUCUGGCACAGACUCCCUCUGGAGUUGUAGAAGCCUUUGAUUUCUCAGAGUAUCAGCCAGAGUUGUUUGAAAAGUUCCAAGCCUUGCGAACUGGUGGACCAUAUGUACUCACAGCAGACACCCUCAAGUCUUACCAGAAUAAAUUUAAAACAGCUCCUACUGGAAGUACAAAGGUGGUGAUCCAUCUAACUGAUGGUAUUGAGGGUGCUAUGGGACCACUGGCAGCUGCAUCAGCUAAUCUAAAGAAAGAAGGUGUCAAGGCUCUUAUUCUUAUUGGGUUGGACCAAGUAUCUAAUUUUAAAGAAGCAAUGAAACUGGAAUUUGGACGUGGCUUUACUUACAAUAGGCCUCUCCAAGUGAAUCAGAUGGAUUUAGAUUUUGAAGUGACAGAACAAUUGGACAACAUUGCAGAAAGAUCAUGUUGUGAAGUCCCAUGCAAAUGUUCUGGAGAACGGGGAGACAAUGGAUUUCCAGGCAUAGUUGGACAAAAGGGAAUUCCAGGGGAAAAUGGCUAUCGAGGCUAUCCAGGAGAUGAAGGUGGACUGGGUGAACGUGGACCUCCCGGGAUAAAUGGAACUCAAGGUUUCCAAGGCUGCCCUGGUGAAAGGGGAAUGAAGGGGGGCCGUGGAUUCCCAGGAGAAAAGGGUGAAGUAGGGGAAAACGGGCUUGAUGGAAUAGAUGGAGAAGAGGGAGAGAGAGGCUUUCCAGGUGUUCCUGGGGAGAGGGGGAGCCCUGGUAGACAGGGUGGCCGAGGAAGCAAAGGAGAAAUAGGAGACUCAGGUGACCAUGGACUUCGAGGCGAUCCGGGUACUUUUGGAACCGAUAGCACUGACAGAGGACCCAAAGGCGAAAAGGGAGAACUUGGACCAGCGGGAGAAGUUGGAAGAACUGGACCACGAGGUGACGCAGGAGGAGCUGGAAGAGAUGGAGCACUUGGCAGAAGAGGACCACCUGGGAUUAAAGGAAAUAAAGGUGCCCCUGGCUCACCAGGAUUUAAUGGGGAACAAGGAACUAAAGGUCCCCAGGGACCACCUGGCACAAAUGGAAUCCCUGGCAUUCAAGGAGACUCCGGCCUCCCUGGUCAAAGGGGUUCUAGUGGUCCAGGUGGAACUGUUGGGGAGCGUGGUAGGUCUGGUCCUCUUGGUAAAAAGGGUGAAGCUGGUGAGCCUGGUCUUAAGGGGCCCAUUGGUCCUCCUGGUCCCCGAGGAGAAAUGGGAGAUGAUGGACGAGAUGGAGCUGGCAACGAAGGACUGAGAGGCAGAACGGGACAACCCGGUUUCCCAGGAUACCCAGGAUUACGGGGUGUACCUGGAGAUCAUGGUGAUGAUGGUAAAUCUGGCCCCAAAGGAAGCAGCGGUGAACGGGGACAUUCAGGGGACCCUGGCCAAAGUGGACAGAAAGGAGAGAGUGGCUAUCCAGGACCACCUGGACUUAUGGGUAACAAAGGAGAGUCUAGAGAUCACUGCACGCUGAUACGCAACAUCAAAGAUAAAUGCCCUUGCUGUUAUGGUCCAAAAGAAUGUCCUGUUUAUCCAACUGAAUUGGCCUUUGCUCUUGAUACUGCCGCUGGUGGAAGUGCAGACACUUUCAAUAGAAUGAAGGACACAGUAAAGUCAAUUGUUAACAAUAUCACAAUUACAGAAAGCAACUGCCCCAGAGGUGCCCGGGUAGCACUGGUUACAUACAACAAUGAAGUUACCACUGAGAUACGUUUUGCUGACAGCAGAAAGAAGAAGGAUUUGAUCAAACAAAUUGAGGACCUCCAAUUUGUUCAGACCUCCAAACAACGUAGCUUAGAAACAGCCAUGGCAUUUGUGGCCAGGAAUACUUUCAAGCGUGCACGUAGCGGCUUCCUUAUGAGGAAAGUUGCUGUGUUCUUCACCAAUGGGCCAACAAGAGCAUCUCCAGAGUUGAAUGAAGCAGUACUAAGACUCUACAAUGCUGGAGUUGUACCUGUAUUCCUUACAAACAGAGAAGACAGGGUCCUUACCAACGCAUUACAGAUAAAUAACACUGGUGGACAAGCUUUUGCAUUUACUGGUGGCGCCGGUCAAUUGGCUGCAACUCUUAGAAAAGUGUUCACAUGCCAUAUUUGUCUAGAUGUAUGUGAUCCUGAUCCCAGCUGUGGUAUCCAGAGGGCUGGCUUUGGCAGAGACAGACGGGCAGUUCCUACAGAUGUUGACAUUGAUAUAGCAUUCAUCCUGGAUAGCUCUGAGAGUACCACUCAAAUGCAGUUCAAAGAAAUUAAGAGCUACAUUUCAUAUAUUGUAAAUCAACUGGAAAUUAGUUCUGAUCCCAAGGUAUCACAACAUCAUGCUAGGGUUGCCAUUAUCCAACAUGCUCCUUUUGAAUUUCAAUCAAACACAAGCAUAUCUCCUGUCAAAGUUGAAUUGUCACUCACAGAUUAUGGCCCAAGGGACAAAUUAACAGAUUUCAUUCAGAACCAAAUGUCACAAUUGUAUGGAACACGGGCUGUGGCGACUGCAGUAGACUAUACAAUGAGGCAUAUUUUUGAGAGUGCACCAAAUCCCAGAGAUCACAAAGUCAUUGUUUUGAUGAUGACAGGAGGCAUUGAAAAGGAAGAACUUGAACACCUUCAGAAAGUUAUUGUAGAAGCUAAAUGUAAGGGAUAUUUUGUUGUCAUUAUCGGCAUUGGUAGGAAUAUUAAUAUUCCAAGUAUCUACAGCUUGGCAAGUGAGCCUAAUGAUGUCUUCUUCAAAUAUGCUGAUAUGGCGUCAGAACUUCAUGAAGAGCCAUUGCUACGUUUUGGAAGCCUUUUACCAUCCUUCAUCAAUAGUGAAAAUACCUUUUACUUAUCUCCAGAUAUCAGAAAAAAAUGUGAUUUGUUCCAGGGUGACCAGCCAAUCAAAAAAUUUGGCCAAAAACAACUAAAUAUUCCAAAUAAUGUUACUGUCACACCUGUUGUAACAGAAAAAUUGGAAGUGAUUAAAAAUAAUGGAGAAGUCAAGAUAACUGAUAUAACUGAAAACAGUGCUAAGCUGCAUUGGAUGAUUCCUGAGCCUCAGAAAGUCUAUACCUAUCACAUCACAGUCACCUCAGCACAUGACCACUCCUUGGUUGUGAAGCUUAAUUUAACUAGCAAUGAAAGAGUCAUUGGAGGUCUUCAGAGUGGAGAAAAGUAUGAUGUUACUAUCACAGGCUACCAUAAUGCCCAGGCCAAAGCUACUUAUAGAGGAACAUUUAAUACAAAGAGCAUGCCAGGAGCCAAGAUCCCUUCAGCAGGAACAGCAGCAGUAGCAGCAGCAACCAAUGUAAUGGUGAACACUGAACCUUUGGAAGUCCCUGAAAAAGAUCCUUGCUUACUGGACCUUGACAUGGGCACGCAGUGCAAGGAGUAUCAGGUUAAGUGGUUCUUUGACUACAAAAACGAGAUCUGCACCCAGGUUUGGUAUGGUGGGUGUGGCGGUAAUGCCAAUAGAUUUGAGACAGAAGCUGACUGCAUUAGCAGAUGUGUGAAGCCAUCAGAUGAGAAAGACAUGCAGCUUCCUGUUCUUGAGAAAAGUCAUUUGUCAGUCACAGAUAUCUGUCAGUUGAAGAAAAAAGAUGGUCCUUGCAGGAAAUUUGUUCUAAAAUGGUAUUUUGAUCCAAAGACUGCAAGUUGUGCUAGAUUCUGGUAUGGUGGCUGUGAUGGAAAUGAAAAUAGAUUUGACACACAAAAAGACUGUGAAAAUGUCUGUCUUUCAGCUCACAUCAAGUCUGGUGUUGUGACAAUGAUUGGAACUUAAUUACAGCAAAAUAUCAACAGAUACCUCUAAGAAAACCAGGAGUCAGCCAUUGCCAGCAUACCCCAUGUAGAAGCUAAGGGUAUAAGGCUCCCUUGCACUGUGCUAUGUCUGCUUUACUUUCUGCGCAAACCUUGAAGAAAGUAUUUUGCUGCACGAUUUUAUCAAUAUGGUGCUAAAGUGUUUGUGGAUUGAAUGCUCAUUGUGCCUGGGAUAUACUCUAUAAUUUCAACAGUAUGUACUAUUUUACCCACCACCAAUUUUAUUUUGUUUCAACAAAUUAGAGUUUUCUUUGGAUCCUACCAGCAUACCUGUUUUGGCUAUUGUAAGAAUUCUAAAAGAAUGUGGAAAGAAAACACUGCCAUUAUUAUAGAUUUGCUUUUAUCAUUGUCAUAACUGAACAUAACAUUAAAUGGAAAGGCUUAUGUCUGUUCUGAAAAAAAAGGGAUUCAACUUUUCAUUCUACUUUUACUCUUGCUGGAUUAGACUUUAUAUCAAUUUUCCUUUAUGUAUGUGUGAUCAAUCACACUAGUAACAAAUGCAGCAUUUGCUGGUACUGAUAACACUGCUGGGAUUACAACGAUGUUCAAAAGUUUUUAAAAUAUGGUGUAGAAGGUUUCUAACAAUCUUCUAAUGUAGUGUAUUUUAUAAUUUUUAAUAUUUUUUGCUGGGGUGGAAAUUCUUUUUUAUUUUGUUUCUAGGAAAUCUUUACAAAAGAACUUUUAAAUAAAGUUUAAGUGAGAUUUUGAAAGUUUUUGCAUUUCAUUGUGUACAUGGUGGUGCUUUUUACAAUAAAACAUGAUUCU